AUGCCGCCGAAUGAAGAGCAGGUGACGGAAAUGGAAGUGCUGCAGUCCAUCUAUGAUGCCGACGAAAACUUCAAAGUCAUGAGUGAUACCCGCAUUCAAUACAAAUUCGGCGCUGACACUUCGAAAAGCUUUGUGAUGGAAAUCGAAUGGCCACCGGACUAUCCUGAAGUCUGUCCCAACAUCAACAUGGAUGUUUUCUAUAAUAGUCACAUAGACGACAAUGUACGGCAGGAGAUUCGAGGCAAGGUACUUGAAGUCGCAAAAGAAAAUGAGGGUAUGGCAGUUUCUUUCACACUGAUUGAUUAUGUUUCUUCGAAUUUCGACGAGUUAACUUCUCACUGGAAGACGCAAGCUCCCAGUGAGGAAAUAGUAAAGGUGGAAGAUCGUCAAAAGGAAGGGCCGAUGACAAAAGCGGCCAAGAGGCGGAUGUGGGACAGGAAUGAAGGUACGGGUAAAGAGCGUGGAUGGGAUUGGGUCGACAUUGUCAAACACCUAUCUCGAAUUUGA